ACAAAAUAUUUUUAAUCUUGCAUAAAUAAUUGUGUAACAAUGGAAGAAAAACAAGUGAUGAUUUUUGCUCUAGAUGAUAGUGAUCAUAGUUAUUAUGCCCUUGAAUGGACUCUUGAUCAUUUUUUCCCAUCUGCAUCAAUUUCCAAUUUUAAACUUAUAAUUAUUCAUGCAAAACCUACUCCAACUUCUGUUGUUGCGAUUGCUGGACCAGGUACAAGUGACAUGUUUACAUUGGUAGAAACAGACAUUACAAAGGCUGCCCAAAAAACUAUUGACAAAUCUAAAGAAUUAUGCAAGACUAAAGGGGUGUCAAAUGUAGCAUGUGAAAUUCUUGAAGGUGAUGCUAGGAAUGUUAUUUGUGAGGCUGUUGAAAAAUAUCAUGCCUCUAUUUUGGCCAUGGGAAGUCAUGGAUAUGGAGCUUUCAAAAGGGCUGUUUUGGGUAGUGUAAGUGACUAUUGCUCUCACCAUGCUCAUUGCUCUGUGAUGAUUGUGAAGAAGCCAAAGCCAAAAGUUUAAGACAACUUUUUGUGCCCCCCCAUGAGUUAAUUUUCUUGAUUUAUAUAGAAUUAAAUCUAGAACUUUCUAAUAUAUUUUUUUAGUUGACAUUCUCAUAUUUAGUAAGUGGUGUAUCCAAAAUUUUGAAUUCUUUGUACUAUGAAAGUAAAUGACAAUAGAAUCCUAUA